AUGGCAGAGCAAAAUACGAUUCGUCCACAGACUUUAAUCAAUAAAGUUGCAACAGCAUUCCACGUUCCAAAGAAUGUUGUAACUGGAAUGAGAGCGCUUAUUGUUUCUGAUGCACAUUUUGAUAAAACAUUAACUCUCUCAAGAACACUUCCAAAAUAUAUCAAGAGCUUAUCGAGUAUUAUAAUUCGCGACAAGCUUAAUACAGUUUUCGUUCUCGGAGACAUGAUUCAGAAUGAUGAUGAUAUCACAAUGGAAAAACUUCAAUCAAUUAUCACAGCAUUCGAACUUUUACCAGUUCCUGUUUAUAUAAUUGGUGGAAAUCAUGAAAGAAGUCUUCUUUGGGAUCUUAAAUAUAAUAAACAAGGUUCUAACGUCACAAUUGUUUAUGAUUUAUGCAUUUGCUUAACAUACCCGACUCAGCCACCAUCAAGAACUCCACCAAGAGUUUUCUUAGCUCAUGAUUUAAAGAAUAACUUCCAACUCCAACCAGAAGAAGGCGAAUCAUUCGUAGCUACACUCAAGAAAGAGUUUGUUGAUUUAAUACACCACGAAGACUAUCUUGUUACAGGUCAUACUCAUAAAACAAUUAAUAAUGAAGAAGAAAGAUAUGCAUCUGUCGGUGCUUAUUCAGAAGAUCUUCACAGAUCAAGCUACGCUAUGCUCUUUGCUGAAAACGGUUUUCAUUUCCAAUUUGUAGGUAAAUAA